UCGAUAGCAGGGCAAAAGUACUGCACUAACAGCUGUUUAUUGAAUUUGCAAGCAACUUGUAUCUUUAUCUUCCGGCACUUAGUGACAACUAAGCACAAUAAUUUAAAAUGCGUCGAAUGAAUAAUCUAGUUACGCUCUUUACAGCGAUAACAGCGUUCUUCUUCGGCAGUUUCAUCACAUGAAUACUCAGCAUAGCGGAUAAGUGUCCGGUUGAGCGAAGUGGUGUCGCCAAACUGGAACCGCAUCCCGUUUUAUUUCUAGUGAUACUCGUGUUCUCGCUAAGCCGUUGAAGCAAACCUACUUUACCGAAGAUCAAAUCUAUCUACCAAGUGUAGUCAGCACUUAAUGGAAGAUCUCUACAAUGCGAUAACAGCGUUCUUCUUCGGCAGUUUCAUCACAAGAAUAUUAAGCAUAGCGGAUAAGUGUCCGGUUGAGCGAAGUGGUGUCGCCAAACUGGAACCGCAUCCCGAUUUAUUUCUAGUAAUACUCGUGUUCAGUGCACCCAGCAACACGGAGCAGCGUGAUGCCAUGCGUGAGACAUGGUUGCGUCUCGCUAAGCCUUUGAAGCAAACCUACUUCCCCGAAGAUCAAAUCUAUCUACCAAGCUACAGUGAUGGCCACUUGCAUAUGGAAACAGUGGCGUGGCAGGCGAAUCGUCUGCAGCAAUACGUGCAAUGGCAACAACAGUUGCCACAAAUGGAGGAGCCGAGAGUGCACCGCAAUAUAAAGUUCAAGCACAUCUUUGCAAUUGGAACGCAACAAUUGAGUCCCACACUACGCUCUGAGCUAGAGCAUGAACAAAAGCAGCACAAUGAUUUGUUGCUGUUGCCGCAGUUGCAUGACGAUUAUAAGAAUCUCACUGAGAAAUUGCUGCAGUCGCUAAUAACAAUAACGCAACACUACGAGUUCUCAUACCUGUUGAAAGUGGACGACGACUCCUACGUGAAGCUGGACAAUCUGCUCAACGUACUCGUUUCGUACGAUCGCAAGUUGUUGCGUCGUCGAGGAGAUUAUGUGAAUGACCCGUUGCCUGAGCUCUAUUGGGGCUACUUCAACGGGCGGGCUAACAUCAAAACUAAGGGACACUGGAGUGAACCGAAUUAUUAUUUGAGCAAGAACUACAUUAAUUAUGCUCUAGGUGGCGGCUAUGUUAUAUCUCAGAAACUAUGCGCGCAUGUGGCGAAUAACUCUCAACUGCUGUCGAAAUACGUCUCGGAAGAUGCUUCACUAGGCACCUGGUUGGCGCCACUACGUCACGUUUAUCGCUGGCACGACCCACGUUUCGAUACUGCCUACAUGCCGGCCAAGUGUCGAGACUAUCAUCUGGUGCUGCACAAGCGUAGUCAGCACUUAAUGCAAGAUCUCUACAAUGGUAAGAUGUGUACACAUGAGCAUCCGGGACAACGCGCCUUUGUCUCCUACUACUACGAUUGGACGAAGCCGGCUGAUAAAUGCUGCGACAGCAUCGUUGCUUAGUUGCUCACAUUCAUACGAACUGUAUUUAGUCAGUUUUCAUAACCAAAGAUAAUUCAUUAUAAGUAGCGUAUCGAAAUCUAAAUGCUUUAGUUUGCUUGAAUUGCUCCUAUGGCAGCAACUCAAGCUAGUUCUAAGCAAUUGAAUUAUUAAAUUUAACAUAUUUAAUAUAAACUUGUAUUAACUAAUGGUGAUUGAAGGGACCUAAUUCCUUAAAGUAAUAGUAGAAAAUAGUCUAAUUUGAGAAUUAAGUUUAUGUCCAAGGUUCAAUGGGAU